AUGUCGAUUUUUGAAGCGGAGCUUUCAACCAUUAUUUUUGCUUUGGAAUUUGCUGCAAAGUACAAUUGGGUCAACCUUUGGGUGGAGAGUGACUCCUCUACAACGGUGCUUGCUUUCAAGAAUUCCACCUUGAUUCCUGUCCAUCUUCGGAACCGCUGGCACAACUGUUUUCAACUUGGAAUUACUAUUAUCUGCUCACACAUUUAUCGUGAAGGAAAUUGUCGUGCGGACAAGAUGGCUUCUCUGGGUCAUGAUCUGCCUGACACUGUUUGGUUUGAUGUUUUACCUCCGUCUUUGUAUUAA